CCGGUUGAUCCACUAGAUCGGGCACAGAAGUGGGAAUUUUUGGACACCGAAGGAGAGGAGGAGGAUGACUUUCGGGGAUUCCAGGUGGACUGGAGAACCGGCAAUUACCAGCCUCGGAAAACAAAGACAUUCUCUCGCACACCGGGGGGGAAACAACCAAUCCCCUUGGAUGCUAGCGCACUCGAUGUGUUUUCCAGGAUCUUUACCGAUCAGCUGUGGGACACGUUAUUGACCGAAACGAAUCGGUACGCGCAACAGGUACGAGCUCAGACCCCCACGACCUCAAGUGGACCCCGGUCCCGAAAACAGAAAUGAAAACAUUCCUCGGGCUGUGUCUUUGCUUUGGAAUUUUAAAGCUACCAGCACGCCGCGAUUACUGGAGGCAAACUAAGUGGCUCUACCAAACAAAUGUCAAGGGACCGUUUCGACAUGAUCUGGAGAUAUCUCCAUCUAGAAGAUAACUUGGACCCUGCCUUGGAUAAAUCCGAUAAGCUGUGGAAGAUCCAGUGGUUCAUGGACCUCCUCUUGCAUCAGUUCCAGGCCCUCUAUGAGGUCAAUGGGUUUGUGAGCGUGGAUGAGUCCAUGGUAAAAUACAAGGGACGCCUUGCCUUCCGGCAGUACCUCCCCAUGAAGCUGGUGAAGUGGGGGAUAAAGGUGUGGGUCAUGGCAGAGAGCAAUACAGGCUACGUAAACAAUUUUCAAGUUUACACAGGGGCCAUUGCAGGCAAGACCGAGACAGGCCUGGCUUACCGGAUUGUGUCAUACCUGGCUAAACCGUAUUUUGGGUCAAACUUGUGUGUUUACAUGGACAACUUUUACACCAGCGUGAAGUUGUUGCUGGAUCUGCAGGUCAGGGGUGUGCCUUUACAAUGCUUUGGUUAAAAUGUUAUUUGUUGUAUUUUAUAUCAUUGAUUUAUACUGUUUUUUCUUCUUAAUCUUGUUUUGAGAAUGUUUUUAAAAUGUUGCUGUUAUGGUUGUGCUCAGGGAGCAUGUUUUAAUAAAACCUGUAGUUCUUACCUUUUAAAAUGCUUUUUAUUUCAUGUUUCUAGGUGCUCCAGAGGCUUAGAUAUUAAGGUUUAUGUAGACGUUGACAAUUCUUACUAUUUUCUCAGAAAAACCUCAGGAAAUUAGGUUAUUUUUCCUAGAAUAGCAUAGGAUUUUAGCAGGCGUUUUUAGCAGGCGUUUUAGGCAUAAAUGGGUUAAACCUU